UAGGAGGCUCCUUCCCGUCCUGGUUUCCCAUCUGUGUACCAGUCCCCUUGAACUCAGUUGGCCCUCACUGGCUGCCCCAGCUCAGUUGGUCUGUGGUACUCUGCAUGGUUGCUACCUGCAGAGGCCUUCCCAGCCUCCCAGGGAGCAGACCAGCUGCUGCCUCAGCCAGGGCAACGUAGCUAACGUCAGCAUUUGCACCCUGUUCUCUGGGCUGAUGGAGUAGAAAACCCUUUAAGUUUUGGUUCAAAAUGUAGAAAAUGAUUGUGCCUGGAAACUCCCAUAAACAAAGUCAGUUCCUUGAGUUCCUUGCUCUAGGGGAGUCUUAGAGAAGCCAUCUCACCCCAGGGUGAUAGAUUGACUUCUCAGAGCUGCCCGGACCACUGAAAAGAGAAUGCAUUCUGUAUGGCUUGGGGAGAACCAGUGAUUUAUUAACAAUGUCCGUUACUGGCACAGAAUGGGAGAUGGGUAGGCCGUGUGCCACAGAUUUACUAACCCUGAUUCUAGUAAAGUCUUCAUUUUGUCCUGAUGGGAAACUGUAGAUUUGUAAGUGGGGGAGACCAUACAGCAAACCUCAGGGCUGAUGUGGAGCGUGCGUUGAGAUGGACAAGCAUGAGAAAGGACUCAGCCUGAUUGGCAGUUGGAUUCUUGCAUUGAAGCCUUUGGAAGCACCAAGCAGAAGCGGUCCCUGAACUCCCGGAGAAUGAACAAAGUUGGCAGCGAGUCUUUGAAUUUCACAGUAGCUAAAGCCGCAGAGAGUAUCAUUGACACGAAGGGCGUGAGUGCUUUGGUCAGCGAUGCCAUGCAAGAUGACUUGCAAAAUGACUCCCUCUACCUUCCUCCCUGCCAUGCUGAUGCCACCAAGCCCGAAGACGUGUAUAGAUUUGAAGACAUCCUGUCCCCGGCCGAGUAUGAUGCUCUUGAAAGCCCAUCCGAAGCCUUCAGAAAGGUCAUGUCUGAAGACAUACUGAAGAUGGUGGAAGAGAACAGCCACUGCUCCUUCAUCAUAGAAAUGCUGAAGUCUUUGCCAGCAGACGAGGUGCAGCGAAACCGGCAAGCCCGGAGCAUUUGGUUCCUAGAUGCCCUCCUCAGAUUCCGAGCUCAGAAAGUGAUAAAAGGGAAAAGUGCCUUAGGACCUGGGAUCCCGCACAUCAUCAACACCAAGCUGCUGAAGCAGUUCACCUGCUUGACCUACAACAACGGCAGUUUACGGAACUUAAUCUCGAGUUCUAUGAAGGCCAAGAUCACUGCAUAUGCAAUCAUCCUUGCUCUGCACAUAAAUAACUUCCAGAUUGAUCUGACGGUGUUACAGAGGGACUUGAAGCUGAGUGAGAAAAGGAUGAUUGAGAUAGCGAGAGCCAUGAGGCUGAAGAUCUCCAAAAGAAAGGUGUCCCUGGCAGAUGGCAGGGAAGAGGAUCAUAGACUGGGCACUCUGUCCGUCCCACUGCCUCCGGCCCAGACCUCAGACCGACAGUCGAAGCGGAAAAAAAUGAGCUAGACGUUUUCCACAGCUACUUCUCUUCACUUCAUUCUUACUUUUUUAUUUUUUGAAAAAGAAAGUAGACUGGACCUUGUGGUACAUACCUAGAAGCCAAGAACUCAGGAGACUGAGGCAGGAGGAUUAUGAAUUCUGGGCCUGUCUGGGAUGCUGCCACGCUCCACCACACCUGCAAGGCCUUACUUUAGCAUGGUUACCAUGCCGAAAGCCAGCAUUCCAGUUAUCAGAAAUUAAAACGAUGGCCCUGGUUUGACUUCA